UAUGACGCCUUGCUAAAUGUCGAAAGUUUGACGUAAAACACCUGACGUCGAUCUGCAGUUUGAGGUUUGCGGUACCUAGCAAGAACGUCGUGAUAAUCAAGUUUCUAUUGGUUACUACCUCGGCUCGGCUGACGUUGUCCUUACAGUUACAUAGCCAAAUUAAAGUUACUCGAGAAAGGUGUUUACAUUUGCGGAAGUAGUUUGUGGAYCUAGGUAAUCAAAGUCGAAUGGCUUUUACCAUCAAAGCGUCUGCAUCAGAUAACCCAAAGAUAAACAUAACUUYUUCACAAUCUUGCGAUCAAAAGACUAUAACUCUCAAGAAAUGAGGAUCAAAUUGGCUUGUUUCCUGGGAUUGGUAGAAGUUUUGGUUUUGCCUGUUUUAGGAGGCCACUGGAGUUCUUGGGGACCCUGUUCUGUGACAUGUGGCAAUGGGUUUCAAGAAAGGUAUUUUUGCGCUGGUCCAAAAAGYGUAACAUGUGAUUCAUCCAAUCCAAAGAAACGAAAAACAGAAACAAAAAGAUGUAUGCAACAAAGCUGCAACUCUAAAACUUCGUCUAUAUUUACAAGUGGAUAUUUAUGGACAACAGUCCAAGUGAAACCAACCUCCAUAGUUCUGCAAUCAUUUUCUUCGGUUAUGUCUUCAUAUUCGACGUUGAAUAAAGUUUCUUCAGAAAUUUACUCACCAUCACCAAUUAUUUUUCCAACAUUGCCAGGAACGGCAACAUCUUCACUUUCAACAAUAUCGYUCUUAUCGUUAACAGCAACAUCGCCUUUCUUGUCUUCAUCAUCAAAAUUAACUUCAGCAAUGCCAAACCAAGCAUCGCCUUCAUCAUUCCAAUCAUCAUCAUUAUCAACGUCAACACAGGCAUCACCUUUAUUAUCAUCAUCAUCACUACCAAUGUCAAUACAGGCAUCACCUUUACCAUCAUCAUCAUCACUACCAAUGUCAACACAGGCAUCCCCUUUACCAUCAUCAUCAUCAUCACUAUCAAUGUCAAUACAGGCAUCACCUUUACCUUACACAUCGUCAUCAUCAUCUCCUCCAAUGUCAACGCAAGYAUCACCAACAUCUUCACCAUUGUCAACACAAGAAACGGCAUCGCCUACGCCAACUUUGUUUUCAUCACCAUCAUCAUCACCAACUCCAUCAUCAGAGCUAUUGCCAGACAAAUAUAACGCUUAUUUUUCAAACCAAAAAGGCGUUGCUUUAUUCAACAGCGUGAUCAAAAUUCUUAAGUUGAAAAACAGCAUACAAUGUGCUUUUGCUUGUAUUCGGAUUAACAACUGCCAGUCUUUUAACUUCUGCUCGACCAAUGAUAUGGAUCCACAGYUUGAGGGGCGUGGCAUCUGUCAGAUUAAUGCUCUAUCACACCURACGUCACCACUAGACUUGGCUGUGAAUCGUGGCUGUUUUUAUAGUCUUCGAAUCAGGAAUCUAUAAGAUAAAAUAGGAGACGUCAUUACUUAAAAGAUGAAGUGAAGCUGUUGCUGAUAGAUGCAUAAGUUUUUGAAAAUGCCUGGAAAAUGCCCGUGAAGGCAAAGGAAUUUUAUUAGCAUGGCUUCAGUUCCAUUCAAUUUCAAUUUCACUCGAGAUUUCCGCGACACUACCUCAGGGAUUUUCCACUCCAUCCAAGACGUUAACUUUUUCGUGGGAUUUUAACUUCAUAAAAAAACAGGAGGYUCUAAAACAGUGUUGAUUGUACAUAAUUUCUGUCCUUGAAAAAUGAAUAUUUAGCCUUAAAAAGUCCUUGAAUUUUACCUUACAAAAGUUGUACGCGCCCUGUUUAAAAUGUUAUCUUAAAGUAUUAUGCAUAGGUCCUAUUAGAGUAACAACCCAACGAACACUGACAAAAUAUAGAUCUGGAAAAUAUAGGUUCUGCAUACUUGAGCUAAGGUCAGGAAUCCGUAAUUUGUUACAACAAAAGGCCUGGAUUCUAGAAAGUGAUUUGGUGUUCGAUAGGACAAGGAAUCCAAAGUUAGAAACACUGCAAGUGCCUGGUAUCACUCGUGUUUAAUUCAAACAGCCUGGAAUUUAAAAUGUGUAUAUAUAAUUAUAUAUAUAUAGCACGUGCUACGUUUUUUAAAGGGUUUAGAAUCCUUAAUUGGUGUAGAUAACCAAGGCUUUGAUUUAUUUAUCAAUUUACCAUCAUUCAUCCAACAAUCACGCCAUCAUCUUCACUUCUUAAUCACCCAUUGGCAACUUUACAUCUUGACCAUGGCCACGCCCUUUCAAGCUUACCACGUUUGAGAGACGAGUUGGCGUUAGCAUAACAAUAUAACUCUUUACCUUGGUGUAUAUGGUUUCCUAUUUUAGACCACUUGUCAUUUUCUAGAGCAUCAUCUCUUUGUUUAACGGUUGUGCAUGAGAAGGUACAUGAAUUAUGGAUACAACUCAAACAAGGCCGAAUAUAAUUCUCAAGAGAAUGAUACGUGAUCUGAAUUUGGUAAAGCCGACUACCCCAAGCUAAAUAAUUCUAUUUGUGGCGCCCAAAUUGUGUGGUUAAUUCAUAUCACUAUGUUAAUAUAUAUCUAGCAAUGUUGAAUUGAGGCCAUACUUGAAGAGCUGACAUUUGACAAGAUGGAAGGGAAGUGUUAACAAUAGAUCCAAUUCACUUGGUCGGUAAUAUUUUGUCAUUUCAAACCUCCUGUCAUUCACACAAGAAUAAGAUUCUUGCUUUGUGCUCCGCGUUCAGGUAUCUUCUCAAGCUUUAGAGUUAAGCAACGGGAAGUACUACUCAAGGGAAUUACACAUAAUCUGAAAUGAGGAAACAGUGGGUCUAUUUUAUGUUUUUUUUCUACUUGAAUAAAAACGUUAAGUUUCCUUUAUAUGCAAACGAUUGCAAAUCAUUGAUUUGAUAAUUAAACCAGUCCAUUUUUGCUAUCA